CGACGCAGAUCCCUCACGCAAACUACGGCUUUGCCUCUGCCGGGCGCUCUCGAUGUUCCUUUAUCGGCACCAAAAGGAUUCCCGACAGUAUCGUGUGUAAAGUCUCCACUCGUUUCCAACAUCGAUAUUCCUAGAGGCAUCAUGUUUCGACAUGCUUUUUCCAAGAGCUCGCCUGCUUUUCUGGCUGGAGGAAGUGCUAUUGGCGGCGCUAUUGCUGGAUUGAUGUGGUCUGGCGAGCGAAAUACCUCUUCUUCUACGGCAUGUGAUAGUAGUGAACCGAGCAACCAAAGUGUGAUAGGCCUAUUGCAGGAGCUUUCCCGCAAGGUGAACAAUCUAGAAUCGCUCGUCGGUGGUAACCCGGGCUCGUUUCCGGCACGGUCGACCUCGUCCGUUACCAAAUCUGGCACACAGUAUGGUAUCGAUAUUGUCUUGGGUGCACAGUGGGGUGACGAGGGCAAGGGAAAGCUAGUGGAUUUGUUGUCGCAAGAUUACGACGUGUGUGCACGCGUGGCGGGUGGUUCGAAUGCAGGACACACCAUUGUAGUUCAAGGCAAAAAGUACAAAUUUCAUCUACUACCGUCGGGAGUUUUGAAUCCCAACGCGACUUGCGUAAUUGGGAACGGUGUCGUUAUUCACAUUCCCUCUUUUUUGAACGAAUUGGAUUCACUCGAAGCCUCCGGUGUCGACUAUCAAGGACGGGUCUACAUCUCCGAUCGAGCUCAUUUGGUUUUUGACUUCCACCAGGAAGUUGAUGGGCGUCAAGAAGAUCGUCUUGGUCGACACAAGAUAGGUACGACCAAAAAAGGCAUCGGUCCGGCGUACUCGUCCAAGAUUAACCGAAACGGUUUGCGCGUUGGUGAUUUGCAGAAUUGGGACCAUUUUGAACGCCGAUUCCGGGAACUUUGCACACAUCACGAAAGAUCCUAUGAAGGACUCAAGAUUGAUGUAGACAAUCAACUGGCUUUUUAUAAAACUGUGGCAGAACGUGUCAAUUCCAUGACAAUUGAUACGAUUGAUUACACCAACAAGCAAUUUGAAGCCGGCAAAAGGAUUCUCGUAGAAGGUGCCAACGCGACAAUGCUGGACAUUGACUUUGGGACCUAUCCAUAUGUGACAAGCAGUAACCCUUCGGUGGGAAGCGUAUUGACGGGCUUGGGAGUUAGUCCAGGGAAGCUUCGUGGCAUUUACGGAACCGUGAAGGCUUACUGUACCCGUGUCGGUGAAGGUCCUUUUCCCACCGAGCUACCGUUGGACGAGGGCACCCCAGGUGAACACUUGUCGCAGGUUGGUGCUGAGUACGGCACAACAACGGGUCGCACGCGUCGCUGCGGAUGGUUGGAUAUCCCCCAGAUGAAGUACUCGGCCUUGAUCAACGGUUUUACCAGUAUCAACUUAACAAAAGUGGACGUCUUUACCGGGAUGCCAGAGGUGAAAAUCGGCAAAGCUUAUUUGCACAAUGGAAAGUACCUGAGUAGCAUGCCAGCUUCACUAGACGUGCUCAGUAACGUAGGAGUGGAGUAUGAAGUGCUUCCAGGAUGGUCGGAGGACAUAAGCAACUGCAAGAAGUUUGAGGAGCUGCCAGAGAAUUGCCAGAAGUACAUUUUGCGAGUACAAGAACUGUUAGGGAUCCCGAUUCGGUGGAUUGGUGUGGGCCCGAACCGUGCUGAUGUCAUUGACCGAGGAGAGGGCUGGGAUUUAGCUACAGCUGGUACAAACCAGUGAAAAUGCCUGUGUAACCACUGGGUUCAUAGCACCAAACCGUAAACCCAGUCAAUUUUCUUUUGUCUAGCGAGACUAAAUUUCGCAAAAACCAAAAGCUAAGAAUUAAAAGACACGUUUGUCUCGAG